AUGGCUGAAUGGGCAAAUUUGCCCAUUCCGAGUUCAAUUCCCCGGGUUCUCUGCAAAAUCAUGGGGCACCGCUACGCGAAAGGCACAUUCCCAGACUUUGAGAUCAACGUGUCAUCGGUUCACGGCACAAUUCCCCGAUCUGUAUGGCCCGAUUCCGAAGAAAUUCUGUACUCGGCUCCCGUCAGUGCGGUGGCUUGCCUCUUGGCUUGCCGGUUCGGCGCUGUAUAA